CGUCCUGCUCGGAGGCAUCAUGUUCUACAACACGGCAGGCGAUUAUGUCGUCCCCCAUAUUGUAUGGUUAGCAGCCCACCUCGCGUCACAUCCUUAUGAGCCUACAUCUUACAGUUGGGGAUCUGCAGUGUUGGCUGCAACCUACAGAGAUUUGUGUGAUGCAACCCAGCGAAUAAAGAGGAAGGCAACUAUUACAGGGUGCCUACACCUCUUACAGCUAUGGAGUUGAGAGUACCUCCCGGUUUCCAGACCUUGGGUGCUCAAGUGCUACUACCCAGUCCACAUCUCCGAUGGCAUUGCAGAUGACAUAAAGCCAAUGAUGGGGUAUCGGUGGAUUCAUGCCAGGCUAAGAUGGAGUCAGCAGCAAGACCAUGGUAACUACUCCAGGGUGAUCAGUGACCUGGACGUCCUCAGCGCUGAUCUAGUGGAGUGGGAUCCAUGGCGUAUGGCACGAGUAGAAGAAAUUGCAGAUGGUGGACUCCUCGCAUCCUCUUGUAGCCGUGACGCAGACUUAUGGUUGACCACAUGCUUCUUGUUGUACAUGAACUGCGUGGAAGUAUAUUCUCCAGAACGUGUACAGAGGCAGUUCGGGUAUCGACAGGUGGUGCCAGUACCACCACCACGAGACGCCGGACGGGCGCACGAGAGGAGCUCACAGGGGGGUGGAGGCACGCAGAGCUGGGCAUCCAAGAAUGCCGACUACAUACGGAGGUGGACAGAGUCAGCUGCGAUGGAUGUCAUCAUUACUGCUGGACAAUACGACGAGGCCACGUACUGGGACUACCUUGCUUGGUACCGUCCGCGCACGCGUGCCACCUUACUCAGCGGACCUGUACAGCCGGGCCCCAGACCCUUCCCCGAGGAUCGUGCCCGCCUACUUCAUGUUGUGACUGAAGAGGCGUAUGAGAUGCAUACGCAAGCGGAUCAAGCUUGUGGGGAACCAAGCAGGUCAUCAUCGCAGAGGGAUCGUAACCCUCUCCGGGAGUACAUGAGGACUAGAGGAUCCCGCUUCCUAAAUGCUAUACGUGGUCUAGGUGGGUGUGCCCCGCAAUGGAGGGGGUACGACCAACCUGCCAUGGACUCGUCCCGUGCCUCCCACAGCAGGUGCUCAUCCAGUGCCCGUGAGGAACCCGUCCGGUCACAAUCACGACAUACAUCUUCAGCUUCGGCACGUCAUGUCUCAUGUUCCGGUGCUGAGGCUGAGGAGUGCACGCAGCCUCCUGCGCCCGAGCAAUUUACGCUGGGUUCACUAGCACCUCCGUGUGUACUGAAUCCCGAGGAACUCAACCAAGGCAGUCUUAAAGUGUUUGACCGUACCGUGCUAGACAAUUUAGUUAGGGAGAACCUUCCUCCCACCGAUUGGGCAAAGGCAAAACUGGUUUUCCUCUCGAUGUGCCACCGUGAGCACAUAUCUGUUUAUUGCAUAAACUUCCGGCACACUUGCAUUGAUAUACUCAACUCCCUUGACUACAAAUCCGUGGGAACAGCAUGGGAUGCCCAUCACGAUAAGGAAUUUUGUGAUCUCAUGAUGCAGCGUCUGAGUGACUCUUUUCAGAGGAUUUCUAAGAAAGAUUUCAUGGUUUUCGCAAACAUGAGGCGAGUCCCUUUCACUGAAGCUCCUGUUAUGGUUAACAAGAAUGAUUGCGCCUUCUUCUCAAUGAAGUUCAUAGAGUUCUUUGAUGGAGAGGAGUCUUCACUUCGUACUACAAUUGUGCCCGAGAAGUCUGGUGAGCUCCGGUCCGAGAUGCUCCAUUACCUGUUGUUCCACCCUCUUAAUGAGAUAAAAAAAUUCCCACCUGAGAUUGAGUGGUUCCGUCUCUCUGGAGUUCCGUUUUAG